CGCGUUUGCCACCACACCGUGCGAGUCCUUCGUUUCGCAUGUCUCUUAGUUAGUUAUCUUUCGACCACUACCAUCAGAUCCGUUUGUUCUUCGAUAGCACUGUGCCGUAUUUGUCAUACGGAAUGCGAAAGCACCCGUGAUCCUUUCGUUUCACCAUGUCGUUGUUCUGGUAGUCUUCUCUACGUGCACAGAAGUUGUCUAGUCCAUUGGCUUGAGUUAUCUACACGAAAAAUGAUACCAUCACCUCGAUGUGAGCUGUGUGGGUACAACUACAGGCGACGAAAUUGUUUCUCUUCACUGCAUUUCCCGCAUCUUUCCGCUAGAGAUCGUCUACUGAACGUCUUGUUCAUUUUCGUGUUCAUCAUUAUGGUUGUUUGUGCUGUGCUGUCAAUACAUUUCCUACAACUUUCCGAACAAUAUCAUUCUAGAUUGAGUUUUGGCUACACAUCAAAGAUUAGAGGGUCUCAAAAAGAAGAACGAUAUCCAGGUUAUCGUAUAGUCUCAUCAUCAUUAUCAGAUGAUGAACUGACGGUGGUGGUGUGCUCGGUGUUGUUCUUCGCCGCAUUCUUUAUAGCUGUUUUUACUCAGUAUAGAGCUGAAGCAUCUAUUUGUCGAGUGUUCUUCAGAUGUUGGACGACGAACCGAAAUUGGACAAUUCGUCACUACAACAUAAGUCAACCACCUCCAUAA